CUCUCACUUUUUUAUAAAGCUGCACAGCAGGGUCCCGGUCGCAGUGCUCCGCCCGGUGUUCAAAGGACGAAGAUGCCCCAGCACUCCCUCUUACCCAUCUUCGGCUCUUCUUUGUGGUUGGCAUCCGUCGCUUGGAUGGUGCAACCCUUGCUAUCCUCCGCUGCUGCCUACAGGAGACCUGUUUCGGGAGGGAAAAAACAGGGGUUUAUGGAGAGAACGCUAAUUCUCCUAGACGUGAACACUCGGAGUCCAGUUAAGGUUCUAAAUGAAAACUUCGUUUCCUUACAGUUGGAUCCUUCUAUUAUUAAAGACGGUUGGCUGGACUUCCUAAGCUCGAAGCGGCUGGUGACACUUGCUCGUGGACUGUCCCCAGCCUAUUUGAGAUUUGGAGGCAAGAGGACAGAUUUCCUUCAGUUCCACAACCUGAAGAACCUGGCAAAGUUCCGUGGGCCAGGACCAGACUACUACCUGAAGAAUUAUGAGGAUGAUAUUGUGCGAAGUGACAUUGCUCUGGACAAACAGAAGGGCUGCAAGCUAGCGCACCACCCAGACAUGAUGCUGGAACUGCAGCGGGAGAAGGCAGCCCAGAUGCAGCAGGUGCUGCUUAAGGAACAGCACUCCAACCUCUAUAGCAACAUCACGCUAACAGCCAGGUCUUUAGACAAACUGUACAACUUCGCCGACUGUGCUGGGCUGCACCUUGUCUUCGGCCUGAACGCCCUGCAUCGAAACCCUGACAAUUCCUGGAAUGGAUCCAGUGCCCUCAGCCUGCUCAAGUACAGCGCUGGCAAGAAGUACAACAUAUCCUGGGAGCUGGGCAACGAGCCCAACGGCUACCGCAGCGUGGCUGCCCGCACGCUCAACAGCAGCCAGCUGGCGCAGGAUUUUGCCCAGCUGCGCACGCUGCUGCAGUCGGUGCGCUACUAUAGUCGCGCCAACCUGUACGGCCCCAACAUUGGACGCCCCCGCAAGAACGCCAUCCUGCUGCUGGAGGGGUUCAUGAAAAAUGCUGGUUCCACUGUAGACGCAGUUACGUGGCAACACUACUAUAUCGAUGGACGUGUGCUGAAAGUCGACGACUUCCUGAAGACGCGUUUGUUGGACACACUGAGCGAGCAGAUCGGAAAGGUGCUGAAGGUCGUGAAGACGCACGCUCCCAGUAAGAAGGUGUGGCUGGGCGGAGUCGGCCCCGCCUGGACAUUGGGCACCAGCAACCUGUCUGACACGUACGCUGCUGGCUUCCUAUGGCUGAAUACUCUAGGCAUGUCUGCGGUGCAGGGCAUCGAUGUUGUGCUUCGGCACUCCUUCUUUGACUAUGGUUAUAACCACCUCGUCGACCAGCACUUCAAUCCUCUGCCUGACUAUUGGCUGUCCCUGGUUUUCAAGCGGCUGGUGGGUCCCAGGGUGUUGGCGGUGCAUGUGGCUGGGCUGCAGAGGAAACCCCGUCCGGGCCGGGUGAUCCGGGACAAGCUGCGCAUCUACGCACACUGCACUAGCUUUAACAAUCACAAUUACAUGCGGGGCUCUAUAACCAUCUACAUCAUUAACCUGCACCGAUCGCGGAAGAAAAUCAAGCUGGCGGGGACCUUGCGUAACAGGACCGUUCACCAGUACCUGCUGCAGCCCAUGGGCCCGGAGGGCCUCCACUCCAGGUCCGUGCAGCUGAAUGGGGAGCCCCUGGUGAUGUUGGAUGACGAGACUUUCCCGGAGCUGAAGCCGCAAACUCUCCGGGCAGGUCGAACAAUCGCCAUGCCACCCAUGGCCAUCGGCUUCUUUGUUAUCAAGAAUAUCAACGCAUAUGCCUGCCGCAGAUAGGCCACGCCCUUGGCAUGGGAAGAAGCGAAGGCCUGCCCCCAUGCUCAUUAUGGGCCACAGCGAUCGCCCUUUCUUACCUUGCAGCAAGGCCUCCUCAAGGACAAAUAACACGGUGUGAAAAUUCUGUUACGGCAUCGGGUUGUGCCUUCAGUUCAGCUGAAAAUCUCCCCGUUGUUUUGGCCAUUUCUUUUGCGGCAAAUCUGUUGUUGUUGAUGAAUUCUAUGGUAAAUAUUUCCAGUAAUUUUGCAAAUGUAACCAUUCCAAUGUGGUUCACCUUCUCCUUUCCACAGAAACAGUUAACCGCAGAAUCCUGUUGUAUGUCAGUUUGGCCAGUGAGAGCCGUACCAUGACUGCAUUUCAGUUAAAAGCUUGCUGAAGUGAUUGCUGCCGUUCCAGCCGUGAGGCGUCCAGACUGUCCUGUUUCCCCGUGUCCCUCAGAGGACCUCUGCAAAGGGGAGGGAGGGGAUCAUCAGCCCAGGGAGCCGGCACAGGGUUUCCAGGGGAACCGGCAGCCAGUCUACCCACUGCCCCGUUUUCUCUCUUAAUCCCAUAUAGUACAUCUAGGCUUUGCCUUGGAAAAGAGCUGUCACCUUACUUUACAUGUCUAAUAGCUACAGUGCUGGUCGACGCUUAAAAAAAGAACACACUCUGUUUUAGGUUUCUCCUGAUGGUACUUUUUAUUGGCAGACUGAAGUUUUUACACAACCUCCAAGGCAGCAGUAUGGUCUCAACUUGUGGCUUAGAAUAGACCAGACUGAAGCCACGGAAAAAGAGGCAGGGGAAAGGCCUUUAAUAUGAGGUUAAAUGUGACUGACAGAAAAGAAAGAAAAGAGUAUAAAUGCACUUAGCAACAGUGGUGUUGGCUAUGUUUUGUCUUCUGAAAUAUGCAUGAGUGGCAGAGAAAAUUCCCAGACUUGCACUGAGACACCGUUGAGGGAAAGGUAGCCAGAGGUCCGGGAAGGCAGCAGGCACCGAGGUGGCAAGACACAGAAGAAACGGUAUGACCCAGUUAGCGCUAAGGUACCUGACGAAGGCAGCUUCUUCCUUCACUGGGUAACAUUUGCUUUUUCCCUAAAUGAUAUGUCAGAGAGCAUUGCAGGGGUCUAUGUAUGUAUCACAUCGUGGGAUAAGCAAACAGGUGGAAACGGCCAGCCACCCGCAGGACCAGCGAGGAGCGGCAUCAGUGCGUGGCAUUCCUGGGCCUGGCUCAGUAAUGGCUGUCGGCUGCAGAUGGCGGGCCAGCGGUUUGCCUGGUGCUGCUAACUUUCAAGGGAAAUAAGAGACUCGUUAUUUACAGCUAAAUAUUUUUGUACAGAGUUCUAGAGCUUGUGUAUCAUCCUAUUUGAAAUAUGAACUGUAUAUAAAAGCAUGUAGAUGAAAGAUGUUCUUUAAAUGUUUUUAUUACAUAUAUUUUAAUUUAAAUGAAAGUAUAUGUGUAUGUAAUUAGUAUUUUAUUGUUAAUAUUGUGGAAGAGAUUAAAACAAAAUGAUGUUACAAUGCUACAAUGUAGAACCCAAAUAGAAGGCUCAGUCAUCAUUUCAAAUGUCGAAUUAACUAUGGAAAUGCGUCAUUAUAAAUAUUUUUUAUAGA